AUGUUUAAAACUCUCUUUUGGAAUGCCAGAGGUGCAGGUAGUGGUAAUUUUCGAUCUGCUAUUGCAGACCUUGUCAAGUUACAUUCUAUUGAUGUUUUAGCUAUUUGUGAACCUAGAGUGCAAUUCUCAAAGGCCUGCACGACUCUUAAUAAUCUUGGAUUCAAUGACUCAAGGAUUGUUGAGGCUCAAGGUUUUUCUGGUGGCCUAUGGCUCCUGUGGAAUAAAAAUAAGACUCAGGUUGACUUCAUUGAUGACAACUUCCAACCCAUUUCUGUUAAAAUCACUAUUCCUGGCAGUCCUGCUUGGAUGCUUUAUGUGGUUUAUGCUAGUCCAACCCACACUUCAAGGGCUUCUUUGUGGCCUUAUUUUGAUAAUCUUGCUGCUAUCACCAACCUCCCAUGGAUGCUAAUUGGAGAUUUUAAUGAGCUGGUUUCUAGCUUAGAUAAGAAAUGUGGCCCUUUUACUGGAAGAUUUGGUGGCUUAAGGAAUUGGAUUAACAGGAAUGCUUUGAUUGAUAUGGGUUUCAAGGGAUCUUGUUACACCUAG